AUGGCUACCAACAGCAGUAACGACAUUACCUAUAGUGAAACGAGCAACGUGGACGCGAUACCUGUUCCUGCCUGUCAUUGCAUUCCCUGGCUAGUUGUAUUCGGCAUUCUAAGUCUGGCGAUAGUCAGCCUUAAUCUCAUCACCAUUAUUAUUUUUGUGAAGCUGCCCCGGCUACAGCGCCGAAGCAUAUACUUCAUCAUCCAUCUUGCAACAGUCGAUCUCUUGGUCGGAGUGGUUGUAGGGCCUCUGCUCAUUCUCAAUAAUGGAAAUGGGUUCUGUCAUCUAUGGAAGUUAAGGUCUAACCCCAAUUGGUUACUUAAAUUAAGAAUAAUUGCAAGCCAUGCAUUUUAUCAAGUCUCUCUCCUUAACCUCGCUGUAAUUGCAUUAGAACGACUACAUGCAGCAGCUCGUCCUUUGAAACAUCGUUUUAUCAAGAAACGGGUUUAUGGAGUGAUUAUCGCUCUCACUUGGUUGCUGCCUUUAGCCGUGAACGUGUUAGAAAUAGAAUUAGUCACCUUUUCUGACAACAGCGUCCCUCCAUUUUUGAUUCGCUGUUUAUACACUUUAAUCCUUCUCUCUCUUAUGUGCGUAUGUUAUAUUUCAAUUUAUAUCAAAGUUCGUUGUAGUCGUCAUCCUCAACACCAUGGUGCAGUCGGCCUGAGGGAGACAAAAUUGACGAGUACGUUAUUUCUCGUCACCCUCGGAUCAUUGUUAACUUACUUACCAAAGGUGGUCUUCUGGGGUGUGUUUAAUUUUCCGGAGCUAUCUAAUAGUCUUCCCAAACAGAUAACUUUUAACAUCUAUAUGGCAGUACUGACAAUUGUGACAUUCAACUCGCUAAUAAAUCCUAUAAUUUACGCCAUACGGAUGCUAGAAUUUAGAGCAGCUAUAAAUCAAAUGAUAUUUCGUAAGUCUACAAACCGCUUAAACCCAGUCGAUUUUCCCCUUUGAGAACUUUGAUUUUUUUUAAUCUUAGGAGUACUGCACAUUAAGUACUCUUAUCAUUUAUCAUGUUAUCAUUACUAUCAGUUAUUAUCAACUGUUUUACCAAAGCCCAGUUAACUUGCAAAAAUAAAAUGCCUGAAGAGAACAAGUUAAGGUUGUACAAUCUUCCCUUUUCAGUGUUAGUACAGAUCGGUUCUCAGAUGAGUGUUAUGAUGCUAUUAGGAGGUUGAAAAGGAAUCCCGGCUGUCUGUUAGGUAAAAGUACUAAGUAAGUAAAUAAAUAAGUAAGUAGGUUAGUAAUUAAGAAAUUGAGUAAUUAUGUAUGCAUGCAUGCUUAUAUGCAUGUAUGCAAGUAAGUAAAUAAGUAAGUAAGUAGGUAAGUAAGUAAAUAAGUAAGUAAGUUAGUUAUCUAGUAGGUAAGUAAGCAAAUAAGUGUGUAAGUAAGCAAAUAAGUAAGUGAGUAAGUUAGUAAGGUUAGUAAGUAAGUAAGCAAGUUGCAAAUCUUUCCUUGAUCUCGUUAAGAUACAAUCAGAUACUGACAAAUACACAUUACAAACUCCGCUGGUAUUAACGCAUAGACCAGUUUCUUAAUUGAACGUCGAAAAACUAAAAGCAAAAUAAUUACAAAUACCAUUCAGAGCGACGGGUAGCAUCGUUAUUAACCAAUGAGAACUCUAAGUUAAGACAGACAACCUUCUUGAAGCGCGGGAAAAUGCGAGCGACCAAGUUUUGAUUAGUUUUAGCUUUGCAUUUGAUUGGUUGAGAUGGUGAGGGUGGCGCGAGUAUUCUGGACCAAUCACAGAGCGAAGUAAAGAAAUACCAAACAACCAGGAUCACUUUCAAUACUCAAUUAAAAACUGUUCUUAUAAGUUUUAAGAUUAUUUGAUUUUUGUUUCCAUAAAUGCCUCGUCUUUAAUUAUUAGAAAAGUCAUUUUCUCUCUUGAAUUAGUUCAGAGAUCCUGCUUUCCUGGUAUUUUCAGGCAAACUAUUAUAUUACUAUUCAACUUUUUCGAAAAUAAUUAUUUGGUGGCGAUGGGAUAGUUAGCACAUUUAUAGAAGGUAGUGUCCAACGGAGUAAUGAAUUUAGACCUGAAUUACUCAGGAACAAGCUCCUGAGGGACUCAUAAAUAACUGGGCCGUUUUGAGAGAAUACAAAGAGUUUAAAUUCUCUCGUCCGUUUUAGUAUGUAUCUAUGUAGAUAAGUAUGUAUACUUAAUUGACCACUCCCCAGUGGGCUUUCAAGACCAAUACGUAUGAUUGACCACUCCCCAGUGGGCUUUCAAGACCAAUACGUAUGAUUGAAUAAAUAUACGAAUGAAUGAAUGGUUAAAUAAACUGUUUGAUAAUCCCAACUGGCAGGGGGCAGACUAAUUGGCUAUCUACAAAGCGCAGCCAAUGAGCAAGGUGGACUUGACCACCACAUUACAAGUCUAGCGCCCUGACCAGACUGCUAACAUUCAGCCACCCUGCCUCCACAAGUAUGAGACUCUAAAUACUAAGAUUCUUUGUCCAAUUUCGACUUUGAAUAGUUAUGUAUCAGGGUCAUAGUCAGAAAAAGUAAGGGCUUGUGCUACCCUACUUUGUAAGUUUUAUAGAUAGCAAGUAGAGCAACAGCAAUUAUUCAUUAGGUUUUUCCGUUCUGAAGUGAUGUAUCAGUUGGAGGUGUUACCAAUAGUAUUUGUGGUAAUUUUCCACUCCUUUGAGUAAGCACCGAAAACAAAAAGGUCUCGUCUUAGUUCAGUGAGACAGCAUAAAAUCAUUAUAUUUCAGUUUUCUGAAUUUCAUAUAGAUCACAAAACGUUGUGAGUAGUAAUUAAGACCAUUCAUUAUUAAUUUCCAUAGUGACAGUAUAAUUGAUUCAGAAAGUAAUAAUAAAAAAAAUAAUUGAACUUCUCUGAUGAUAUAAAAACAUCUGUUGAAGUGUGGUCUCCGGAAUACAUAUCAUGAGGUAAACAAAAAGUAGGUGAUAUUUGAAGAGGGGAUUAUGGAAUCACUGCUUAAGACAGGGAAUGUCGACAUUGUACACUUCUUCUGCGCUAUUUGACUCCCUACUUGACACCUUCCAACUGUUGUAAUCAUUUUAGGUAGAAUCUGAUUGGCUAAUCUUGUCGCGUAAAGCGCUUUUUUCCCCUUGUUAUUCUGACCGCUAACUCUUACGCUGCUACUCCGUUUUAACCUGUAUUGCGCCCCUGAUUUGGCAAAAUCUGAGUAGACUGCUCUUUUUUUGAAAACUUGAUUAAUCACGAAGUACAGUUAAGUGAAAGCCUGGUGCCAACACGAAUUUCGUCAAUUUCUGUAAAUGGAUUAUAUUUGGCCGUUUGCUUCAGUCAUUUCAGUUCAAUGCAAUCUGAGCUCUGUCUCUAAAAAAAGAUUGGGCAAUUUUUUCCCAAAUAAUGUAACCGCAUUGGCGAAGUGUUUGAAAAUCUGGUUUGGAUUUGACUUACAUAAUGUGUUGGGUUCGCCAAAUAAACGUUUUUCAGUCAUUUACUUAAUUAACUCUUACUUCCGUUAACACGAAUUAACUUUUCUUUCUAUUGGCCCAAAUUUUCCCGACGCGGGAGGUUGUGCUUCUCUACGGCUGCUAGGAGAAGAAUAAUACUUGCCCUAUAACAUCCGAGCUAAUCCAUCGUGGCGCGAAAAGGACUGGUUACUUGGGUCAGAUAUGUUAACAAUUGACAUCGGCUGUUCAGCACCUUUUGAGAGCCUUGCAACUGCCAGAACCUGAAGGCUCUUGCGAGGACUGAAAUUAUUUCCUGGGUUCUAAAUCAUUUUAGAGAAGCAAAGAGCCGCAUUCUAAUUUCGCUCAAAAAAACCUCAUUAAUUUUCACGUCCCAUCAAUAACGAAUAAAAUCGCAAUGUUUAUUCAGUAUAUGGUCUUGCAUAUGUUCAAAAAGAUUCCAUUAGUUUGGCUUCUUGAGUAUUACGCUCCCUUUAUGAAAACCAGAACUGAAAAAAAGUUUUAUUAUACAGUAUUAAGUAAAAAAAUGAAAGAAAAGGAAAAAAAAUUGUUCAUUCUCAAAAUUACAGGGUUUGUAAUUUAAAAAGUUUCUAUCGCAUUCGAGCGGAAAUUAAAAUCAAUGAAAUUGAAAGCAAUUCACGCUAUGCUUUUAAUAGAAAUGUCAAAGAGCAUCCGCAUCAUUCAUCCAAAUGAGGAGUGGUAAUCAAACGCUGGAUAACAUUGAAGACAAGCAAAUUACUUUUGCCAUAACUACUCAUACCAAAAAAUGGUGUUCGUGGUAACAUUCGGAACUCCAGCAGCGUUGACAAUGAUUAUUUACUAAGCUAUUCUUCCAAGGCUCGGAAUCAAACUGGUGCAUCUGAAAAAAGUCAUCUUUCAUUCUAAUUGUGCAUAUGUUAAUAUUGUUUGCCACGAUUAUAACUCAUAUUUUCGAAUUCAUACUAAGAGCAUUAGAAUGGUGAAGAUUCUUGUAAACAGCCAAAGCCAUCAACGACCCUGACUUAUGAGAACGCGAGCCAGAAAGUUGAGAUGAUCAAUUCCGAAUUACAUUGCAACCCGUGGAUCGUUGUGCUCAGCGCUGAAUCCUUGGCGAUAGUCGUUCUCAACAUUAUCACCAUUAUUGUAUUUGUGAAGCAGCGCCAGCUACAGAGGAAGAGUACAUACUUGAUCAUCCAUCUUGCUAUAGUCGAUCUCUUGGCUGGAGGUAUCAGUGAGCCUCUGUGCGUUGAAACGAUUGGGAGCUCUUGUAGUCUGAAGGAGUACGACACAACAAAUAAUACUUGGCUGGUCACAAUGAAGAGAGCCUUAAAGUUUAUCUUUCCUUGCUCUUCACUGCUCAAUCUCGCUGUUAUUUCAUUGGAACGGGCACAUGCAACAUUCUUCCCGUUCAGACAUCGUUUUAUCAGUCCAUGGGUAUAUGGAGUGGUAACUUCCUUAAUUUGGUUUACACCUGUAGUAGUGGAAGGAGGACGCAUAUUUUUCAAACUAUAUUUAAACAGAAAUCUGCCUGAUUUGAUUAUUUAUUAUUUUUCUUUUGUUUUUAGUCUUCUUUUUGCUAUCUGUGUUUCUUAUUUUGCCAUUUUUCUCAAAGUCCGAUGCAGUCGUCAUCCUCAACACCAUGGUGCAGCCGGUCUGAGGGAAAGAAAACUGACUAGUACAUUGUUUCUUGUCACCCUAGGAUCUUGGGUAACGUUUCUGCCAAGUACGAUUUGGUCCAGUUUUGACAUAUUCAAAUACCCCUCCUCUAUCAACCUUUCCCCUCAAGGAACUUUUCAAGUCGAAAUGAUAGCCCUUAUGCUAUUCUUCGCCAAUUCGCUGCUAAAUCCUUUGAUCUACGCCAUACGGAUGCCAGAAUUAAGGUCGGGUAUUUUGCGAAUAAUAUUCCGCAGGCCUCCACAGCGCUUGAACCAAGUGGAUCUUUCACUACAAAAUAUUUAG